AAUCGAUUGGCUCAACAGAAAGCAACCAAUAUUACGUGGCAUGAUGCGAUUGUCACGGCAGAAGACAGAGAAAAAUUGCUGAAUCAGAAAGGCUGUGUGAUUUGGUUCACAGGUCUCUCCGGUUCAGGUAAAUCGACGUUAGCAACCGCAGUUGAACAGGUACUACAUCAACAACAGCACCAUACCUACGUCUUGGACGGCGAUAACGUUCGCCAUGGACUGAACAAGAACCUGGGUUUCUCACCUGAGGACCGCGAAGAAAACAUCCGGCGCAUCGGUGAAGUGGCGAAACUUUUUGCAGAUGCCGGCACCAUCGUUAUGACAGCCUUCAUCUCGCCCUAUCGCGCCGAUAGGGAUCAGGCAAGAGAACUGAUUGCUGAAGGUAGAUUCGUUGAAGUUUUUGUCGACUGUCCGCUUGAGGUCUGCGAAGAACGCGAUACGAAAGGCUUAUACAAAAACGCACCGCGCUGGAGAGAUUAA